CCUGGCCUCCCAAUGUGCUAGAAUUACUGGCAUGAGCCAUGUGCCUGGCUGAACAAUACCUUUUUCUACACUCAUAUAUAUGGAUUUUUCUUGCUGUGGAUAGUCUACAAAGUCUGUACACUAUAUAGCAUCUAUAGACUAUCCUAAAAUAUUACUACUGGGAUAAUGUGUAUGUUUACCCAAAACACUGUUGGCUUGCUUAAUUUUCACCUCAAAUGUUUUCCCACUUGACACAGGAGAAGAGGGUUGUGAUGAGUUCUGGAGGGCAUCAGCAUUUGAUCAGCUGUUUGGAGACACUGCAGAAGGCUCUCAAAGUAACAUCUUUACCAGCAAUGACUGAUCGUUUGGAGUCCAUAGCAAGACAGAAUGGACUGGGCUCUCAUCUCAGUGCCAGUGGCACUGAAUGUUACAUCACGUCAGAUAUGUUCUAUGUGGAAGUGCAGUUAGAUCCUGCAGGACAGCUUUGUGAUGUAAAAGUGGCUCACCAUGGGGAGAAUCCUGUGAGCUGUCCAGAGCUUGUACAGCAGCUAAGGUGAGCAAAUAACAUUGAUAUUCCUUGAUUUUGACAGACAGUGCUGUUCUUCACAGCUAGGUUUUUUUUCUUUUUGAGAGGGUGUCUACACUGUCAGCUGGGCUGUAGUUAUAAUGGUGUGAUCUCAGUUUACUGCAAGCUCCGCCUCCCAGGUUUACAUGAUUCU